AGGGAUUCAGGAGCACAUUCUUACACACCACAAAGCAGUCGCUUGGACGACUGAGGACGGAACGAAGACUGGAAUCGCAAGAGGAAAAGAAAAGCAAAGAAGAUCGAGUGGAAAAAAAGAUCAUGCAGGUUUUGGGUUUGAAAAAGUACAAAAUUUAGAAAGGAAACAUAUAAAGAUUGUGUGUUUUUUUUUUACUUUAACCUGCAUGAAAAGUGAAGAUUAAGAAAAAAUACUUUUUUCUUUCAAAAUAAGAUCUUUAGGAAAAUUAUUCCAACAACUCGUCUAGCAGGAUUCAAAGGCUAGAGGCAGUGCUCCAGCAGUCUAGUGAAAGACGGAAUUAACGAGCGUGUCCUUGUCCUCAAGAGCAACCAUUUACGAAUCACCUGGCCCUCUCUGGAGACUGCUGCGUAAUUCAUACCUGUUUUAUUGCCGUUUUACUGUAUGUGGAGAUAACAGACGAGUACACCAGGCCAGCAUUGAAAUAACUGCCUGUUUGUCUAUAUAAUAUCAUGGAUUCAGAUGAUGAACCCUUGUUGCUCCAGGCUAUGUGGGACUUUAGUGAGUAUGAGGAACAAAAUGAUGAAGAAGAGAAAGAAGCUUGUGAUGAAGGGGUUGAAGUUAUCAGGCGAGAGCCAGUCUGUAGAGGAUUGUGGUGGGGGGUGGGGUGGAUUUACACUCGACCCUGGGCCAGCGGAGUGGUUCUUUUUGUAGGCUUUCUGCUUCCUUUAACUCUUUCUGCUUACAUGUUUGUUUACUGUGAGCCACUGGACAUUGAUCUCUCCUACAGUGCCUUUGAAGUCAGGAGCCAUUCAUCUGCAGAACGCUUCGAUGCACUCACUGUUGCACUGAAAAGCCAGUUAGGGUCUUGGGAUCGACACCGACGUGAUGCAGAAGGGUUUGAUUUUGAUUCAAAUGCCCUUAGGGAUUUCCUCUUGCUGAAAUUAAACAGACAAACAAAACAGGCAGAAGUGGCCAAUCAGACACAACUAUCCGAGGUUUUUAGAGGUAGAAAGGGUACAUUUGAAGCAGCACAAAAGCCAGAUGACAAAAUUAACACGACAACUGUGCAAAUGUUGAGAACCAAAAUGUUAAAUGGUGAGAAACAAGAUGAAAAAAGCUCGACACUUGUCCGAAAGCCAAGGUUCACAGGUUACUCCUACCUUCAAACACAGGCUCUCUGGAGGAUAGAGCUUGUGUUUGUGGCUCAAGGUGACCAGGACAAUAACAUCUUCACGGCGGAGCGUCUUCACACCAUCCACAAAGUGGAACGACUUCUCAUGCAACAUCCACAAUUCCAGCAAUUUUGCUGGAAGCCUCUAGAAGUGUUGAGGGACAUUCCUCUGGGGCCUUCGUACUGCUCACCCCCCAGCUCUCUCCUUUCCUACCUUUUCCCCAGUGAGCGAGGAGGAAAGAUCUACUUUGAUGGCAUGGGCUCAGACCUGGCAGAUAUACAAGGUGCUUUGAGUCUGGCAAUCACCCACCCCCAGUUUUAUUGGUAUGUGGAUGAGACACUCACUCCAGACAGCCUUCAGUCCUCCCUCCUCCGCAGCGAAAUCCAUUUCGGAGCACCACUGCCAUCCUUCUACUCUCUACAGGAUCGGCCCCUGGAGCAGAGACAAAGAUUCAGGGAUUUUGUGGUCCAGUAUGCUGGUAUUCUGGCUCAGCAGUCCACCAGCAAGGUGAAGGUACUUUAUGGGGGUACCGAGCUUUUUGAUGAUGAGGUCAGAAGGACAUUCCACAGCGACAUGUUGCUGGCUUUAUUCAGUGGUGCCUGUAUAGCAGUGCUGGUCUAUAUCCUGACUUCUUUCUCAUUGUUUCUGACAUUUUUUGGCUUGGCUAGUAUUGGCCUGAGCUGCUUGGUGGCUCUGUUCCUCUAUCAUGUCAUGUUCAGGGUGAAGUACUUGGGCAUUCUUAACGGUGUGGCAGCCUUCAUAAUUAUCGGCAUUGGGGUGGAUGAUGUGUUUGUGUUUAUCAGUACAUUCAGGCAGGCAGCUCAUGUCGCAGGAGCUGAGCAGCGUAUGAUCCAUACGGUAAAGACGGCAAGCCGAGCCACCUUCCUCACCUCCUUCACCACAGCAGCCGCCUAUGCAGCCAACGCCUUCUCUCAGAUACCAGCGGUGCAUGACUUUAGUCUGUUCAUGUCUCUCAUCGUGAGUUGCUGCUGGCUCUGGGUGUCCAUUCUAAUGCCUGCUGCUCUCUGCAUUUGGAAUCGGUGCACCCCUGCCCACUCUAACGCCUGUCCAAAAUGGUGGAGUACACUAAAUACACUCUCAGGCAAUCUCAGCCCUCUUUCAGAUGAGGAUGAUGAUGUGGCUCUUUUGACCGUAGAGACAGAUCCAGAUCUCCAGGAAUCCGAGUUUGAUGCGGAUCUGCUGCCUCUCCCAGAUGCAUCUGCAGAAGGGAACAUCGGGUUGGUGAGUGCCAAGCUCCAGAGCGCACUGCGAUCCUGGGUGGCUGAGCCCGCGGUGAAGAGACGCAAGGCAAUUAUAGCUCUAUACAUUGUGGUCCUGCUUGCUUCAGCAUGUUGCUGUAGCCUCCUCAAACCGGCCAGUCAUGCACCUGCCCUCUUCCACCACAACACCAACUUACAGCAACUGCUGGAUCUCCGUAGCAACCUGAGCGCCCAGGGGAUAGCCUGUCACAUGUGUUCGGGAGUGUUUAUGGAAACACCUCACAGCUUGCACAGCAGUGUUCACGCCAUGAGCUCCACAUCAAGGAAAAACCCCCCGUCAAGCCGAGCAGAAGGGAGUCCGAGACAGCAAAAUAUCAUUAACGGCACACGCAGUACAACAGAUGGCCUACUGACGGUUUUUGUGUCUAAGCUGGAGGUAGAUGCACCUGUUACCCUCUACCGCUACUCUCUAAGUGCCAGCAUGCCUGCUCCCUGGAGAGCACUGAGCCCCAGGCAUGGAGACGUGCCAUCAUUUCAGGCUUAUAACAGUCACCAUGGCAACUUUAGCGCACGGCUUACAGUGUGCGUGUCGCAUGCCUACCAUCCUCGGCCACGGUGGAUGUUGACCUUGGGGUCAUGCGACCCUCGCCAUGGCUGGAGGUCAAACUUCAGCUUCUUUGUGGCGCCUAGCGAGCAGAAGAACAGCAGGAAGUUGUACUUUGCCCAGAAUGCCCUAAGCCCAUACCCUAGUCGUGUGUGUGAUGGACCCCCAGGGUGUAUGGUCAGUUCUGGGCAUGACGGACCCACUCAGGGCAGUUUCUACACCCCUGUGCCUGCAGUCCCUAGAGAGGUGAAGAGUUCAAAGACGUCUGGAUUUAACCCGUGUAGUGGAGGUGGAUGUGGAAAGCCAGCAGUCCGCCCCCUGGUGGACACCGGAGCCAUGGUGUUUGUUGUAUUUGGGAUACUCGGGGUCAAUCGCACUCAGCAUUCAGACAACCAUGUUAUUGGAGACCUGGGCAGUGUGAUCUACGAUCCUGACUUUGAUCUCUUCAAUGAAAUUGGUCACUUGUGCCGACUCUGCAAAGCCAUCAGUGCCAAUACACAACUUGUCAAGCCUGGCGGGGCACAAUGCCUGCCUUCAGGCAACAGUCUCACAUCCAUCCUUCCUCUCCUCCACCCCGAGUGUCAGUCUCUUCCCGAGCCUAAUCUCCUGCCUGGCCAGCUCUCCCAUGGUGCAGUGGGUAUGCAGGGGGGGCGAGUACACUGGAUCUCCAUGGCGUUUGAAUCAACCACCUACAAAGGAAAGUCCUCGUUUCAAGCGUACUCAGAUUUUCUACAAUGGGAGAGCUUCCUGCAGGAGCAGUUAGCAUCUCUCCCACAAGGUUCAGCUCUGCGACGGGGCUUCCAGACCUGCCAGCACUGGAAGCAGAUUUUCAUGGAGAUUAUAGGUGUGGAGAGCGCACUUUACAGUCUGCUUUUGUCCUUGGCCAUCUGUAUAGCAUCCGUUGCUGUGUUUACUGUCCAUCCUCUACUGUUGCUGCCUAUCCUGCUUAGCAUUCUGGGUGUGGUGUGUAUGGUGGUGGCGUUGAUGUACUGGCUGGGUUGGGAAAUGGGUGCAGUGGAGGCGAUCUCUCUCUCCAUCUUAGUUGGAUCAUCGGUGGAUUACUGUCUGCACCUGGUUGAAGGCUUCCUGCUUGCUGGAGAUACAGAAAACUUGGGGGCCGUCAGUCACAGCACAGAUCCAUCGGGUGAGCGUCAGCGGCGCACCCUGGAAGCCAUCAAUCAUGUCGGAGUUGCCAUCGUGUCCAGCGCGAUCACAACCGUGAUAUCCACAGUGCCGCUGUUUUUCUGCACGAUUAUGCCUUUUUCAAAGUUUGGCCAGAUAGUGGCUAUAAACACUGCCGUCUCAAUAUUAUUUACCCUCGUCGUGACUACAGCCCUGUUGGCCACCAUGGGGCCUUCACACUUCACUCGGCCACCCCGAGCAGUUCUCAAAGCCGGCCUGGUGGUGCUUGCUGUAGGGCUCUCAGGGUGUCUCUUCUGGUGGACUGGAUCCCAACUAAUUCCCACCAGCUGGAGCUCACUUAUCACUUAGACUGGGAGCUGUCUACUGACCUGUCAGCCAAAAGACUGAAGAAUCCAAAUCAAAGAAAUCAGAAUCGUUGUGUAGUGAAACAGCCACUGAAUGUAUUUGGUAUGUAAAUUAUUGUUAGGAUGAACAUGAUACUGUGUACAAGAUUCUCUUUAUUUAGAUUUGUUGCCUCCUUAUAUGAUACCUUAAAGGAAACAUACACCAUGAAUGACUUGGAUAAUAAUUUUAUUAUUUGUAAUCGUAAUUUUUCUCAUUGACAAAAUUCUACUUUAGUAGACAGUAGUCAAUUACCCAUAAUUACUGUUUGACUACCUGCUUCAGAUGGACAACCUCAUGUCUGUGUUAAAAAAAGAGUAAUGCGGCAGAGCUUUAGCCCUUUAAUCUGUCCACUUACUUCACCUCUUCAUCUGUACACAUCGCUUUUAAUUGAUGACAUAUCUGCUUUGCAUUCUGGUACAUUUGAAUUGAACCUUUGCUGUUUUCAUUGAACUCCACAAAACACUGGAAAAUGGUACGUACGUGAGAGGAAAAAGCUUUUGUUCAUUUGUUUUUAGGAGCAAAUACAGACACCUGGCCAUUAUCCCACAUGUCUGAGAUAUCUUCUCUCGGGGAUAAUGAGCAUUCAGCACCAACGAACAAAUUAGCACGACAAUCACUAAGUGCGUCUUGAAUAUUUCAAUCGAAACGCGUGUUCAGGGUGGAUUUUCCUUUGAGUGUCAGCGGGAAGAUGAAAAUACGAAGAAGUUUUGGGGGGGAAAAAAUGGUCAGAGUAAAAAAAAUGCAUUAUCAAAGAACUUCUUAAGCAGACCAGAUUUCUUUGAAUGAAUACGAAUAAAAAAACGAUGGUCUAGAGAGUUUGUGGAUAUGCUGUCUACCUCAGGUUAAUAAAAAAAUGAGAAGAAAAGAGAAGAAGCUGUCCAAGGGUCGAUAUUAAAGACUGUGAAAACCUUGCAAGUGGAAUAAUAAAAGAUAUUUUGGUUUGCUCCAGCUCGGUUAUAUGGGAUAGCUGGAGACAAGUUUAACUUUUAAAAUCAUUGACGAAACGUCACUCAAACGCAAUGCUGCUCUUGAGAAAAGAAGAGUUUUGAUGUCGAUGCCGAUGUUCUUAUGAAAUGAUAUGAACCCGUUUCUAAAUCCAGUCAGUUGAUGGUACUGUGUAACCAUCGCUAGUUUAGAGAUUGUGUUUUAAAGUGCAAACCACAGAAGUAUUUUGUAUAAUGGUUUGUUUUUUGUGAAUCUGACCAACAAGCUGUUCUACUGAUUUUAUAUUACUGUAAAUCUGUAUUUGAGUAGUUGAGAUGUUUCUGUAGAAUUGUUCCUUAAAAAAAAAAGCAAUUUAUACAGUGUGUUGUAUAAAUGCUAUGCUAUUGGUUCUCGUUCAUCAAAUCAAUACACUCACCUUGAGAG